AUGAACGCCCCCACUGUGAAGAGCGAUCCGGAGCUCUACCCACCCAUUUUCCGCAACUUCUCCAUGUUCAGAAGGUAAACCUCCAGAGCUCCAAACACCACAGAGUCGUGGAUUCCACGGUGACUGACUGACUGACUUACUGACUAUCUGGGAUCCCACGCCUGCUCGCCAUCGUCUCAGGAGCUACGACCUGAUGGAGAGCCUCCUCAAGGUCUACAUUUACAAGGAGGGGGAGAAGCCCAUCUUCCACCAGCCGGAGCUCACGGGGAUCUACUCUUCCGAGGGAUGGUUCAUGAGGCACAUGGAAGGAAGCAGGCGGUUCCUCGUCGAGGAACCCAGACAGGCCCACCUCUUCUACAUGCCCUUCGGCUCCCACCUCCUCCAGACGCAGCUGUACGUACCAGAUUCCCACUCCCACGAUAACCUGAUCGAGUUUCUGCGGAAGUACGUCUCGACGAUCGCAGCCAAAUACCCCUUCUGGAACAGGACCGACGGUGCGGACCACUUCCUGGUUUCCUGCCACGACUGGGUGAGCAUCUCCGUCGCCGACGCCGGUGCCAUUGGUGGGAAAGGAUCAACUCGCUUCUGACCCAUCCAUCUUCUUCCUCUUCUUCUUCUGGCUUGGCAGGCGACGCACGAGACAUGGCGAGCGAUGGGGACCUCCGUCAGGGCCCUCUGCAACGCCGACACCACGGAGGACUUCGUGGUGGGGAAGGACGUCUCCCUGCCGGAGACGAACGUGCGCAGCGUGCAGGACCCGGCGCGGAACCUCGGCGGGAGGCCGGGGAGGAAGAGGACCCUGCUGGCCUUCUUCGCGGGUCAGAUGCACGGCUACCUCCGCCCCGCCCUGUUGCAGCACUGGGGGGACGACCCCGACAUGGUGAUCCUCGGCCCGUUGCCUCCCAGCGGCAGCGGCGGAGGCAGCAAGGGGAAGAAGGCGGUGAACUACGCCCAGUACAUGAAGAGCAGCAGGUUCUGCGUGUGCCCGCGCGGGUUCGAGGUGAACAGCCCGAGGGUGGUGGAGGCCAUCUUCUACGAGUGCGUGCCGGUGAUCAUCUCCGACAACUUCGUGCCGCCCUUCUUCGAGGUGCUCGACUGGGGGGCCUUCUCCGUCAUCAUCGAGGAGAAGGACGUCCCCCGGCUGAAGGAGAUCCUCCUCUCCAUCUCCAGGCCCAGGUACCUGGCCCUGCAGACCGGCGUGAGGAAGGUGCAGAAGCACUUCCUCUGGCACGACCAGCCCACCAGGUACGACCUCUUCCACAUGAUCCUCCAUUCCGUCUGGUUCAACCGGGUCUUCCAGCUAAGGUCGUCGCCCGACGGCGCUUCAACCGUCGGGCGGUAG